GGCGGGAGGGAAGAACUAUUCGAGGGUGCAGCCAAAGCCUGUCUACGUCUUAUUAGAAAUUAUUUGGUGGAGCAUACUUCGACUCGACUCCUUCACCUAAACUAAAUAGUUUUCCGCUAUCCCAAAAUUUGGACGGACUUCACUUAUGACAGCUGAAGCUACAAGCUGUUUUAAAGCGCUGCGAGACCCUCGGUUGGAAUAACUGGUGUAAAUACCAUGGCAGAUGAAAAGCACUUUGUGGAUAAACAUAGAAUCAAGCUGAUCGAGAAAGUGAGCAACAUUCCAGCCAUUUUGGAUGAGCUCCUUCGUGAAAAUGUCAUCCAAGAAGACAGUUAUGAUAAAAUCAGAGCUCUGCCUACCUCUCAGGAGAAGAUGAAGGAGCUCUUUAGUGGGCCUUUGGAAGCCAGUGGAGUUCAAGGAAAAGAGAUGUUCUACAAAAUCCUGAAUAAACAUGAGUCAUAUCUAAUCAAUGACCUCGAGACAACAGAAGUGCCAGUAGAAACAAUGACGACUAAGAAGAUGCUUUUUGAAACGUUGAAUGAUUUGAGUUCAGAGGAGCUUCAGACAUUCAAGUCACUCUUUGAAUUGGAGAAAGGUUUCCCACUCUCACCAAGGAGACUACUGGAAAUGGCAAACACACAGGACACAGUGGAGCUGAUGGUGGAGACAGACAGCCAUGAGUGUGUAGAGUUGACCAAAAAGGUUUUAAAGAUGAUGAACAGGACUGAUCUGGUGCAGAGAUUAUCAGACAUCAGCUCAGGGACCAAAGAGAAACAGCAGCCUUCACUGAUCCAGAGAGUUGAAACGAUGGCGUCUGUUAUAGAGCUGCUUUUGGAAACACUGAAAGAGUUGAGAGACGGAGAGCUCCAGAAGUUCAAGAAGGUCCUCGUGAGUCAAACUGACUUCUACAGACAUUUCUCAGACGCCCCAUGGAUGCAGCGGGAGUCAAUAGACAGGCAGGACAUAGUGUUUUCAGUGGUGGAGAUCUACGGCCAAAAGUCUGUGGAGAAGACCAAGGAGGUUUUAAAGAAUAUGAAGAGGACUGAUCUGGUGCAGAAGUUGUCAGACAGCAGCUCAGCACCCAAAAAAAAACACUCUGUGGAUGAACACCUGUCUGCACUGAUCCACAAAGUGGCAACAGUGAGAGCUGUUAAAGAGCUGCUUUUGGAAACACUCAGAGGUUUGAGUUCCGAGGAGCUACAGAAAUUCAAGUGGUUGCUGCAGUUCAGGUUCUUCCAGAGGGGCGUUCUAAAAUACUCACCGAGACAACUGCAGUUGACUGAUGAUGCAGACGAACUGGUGGAUAUGAUGCUGAAUAACUACGAUCAACAGUCUGUGGAGGUGACCAGGGAGGUUUUAAUGACGAUGAAGAGGACUGAUCUGGUGCAGAAGUUGUCAGAGACCAGCUCAGGAACCAAAGCUGCAGGAUCAUCAGCUGAGGCAUCGGGUGUGAGUACCACAGAGAAAGAGAAACUCUCUGCACUGAUCCCAAAGGUGGAAACGAUGGCGUCUGUUAUAGAGCUGCUUUUGGAAACACUGAAAGAGUUGAGAGACGGAGAGCUCCAGAAGUUCAAGAAGGUCCUCGUGAGUCAAACUGACUUCUACAGACAUUUCUCAGACGCCCCAUGGAUGCUGUGGGAGUCAAUAGACAGACAGGACAUAGUGUUUUCAGUGGUGGAGAUCUACGGCCAACAGUCUGUGGAGAAGACCAAGGAGGUUUUAAAGAAUAUGAAGAGGACUGAUCUGGUGCAGAAGUUGUCAGACAGCAGCUCAGCACCCAAAAAAAAACACUCUGUGGAUGAACACCUGUCUGCACUGAUCCACAAAGUGGCAACAAUGAGUGCUGUUAAAGAGCUGCUUUUGGAAACACUCAGAGGUUUGAGUUCCAAGGAGAUAGAGAAAUUCAAGUGGUUGCUGAAGUUCACGAUCUUCCAGAGGGGCGUUCCAAACACCUUAUGGAGACGACUGCAGUUCACUGUUAGGGCAGAUGAACUGGUGGAUGGGAUGCUGGAGAUCUACGGUCAACAGUCUGUGGAGAUGACCAGGGAGGUUUUAAUGGAGAUGAAGAGGACUGAUCUGGUGCAGAAGUUGUCAGAGACCAGCUCAGGAACCAAAGCUGCAGGAUCAUCAGCUGAGGCAUCGGGUGUGAGUACCACAGAGAAAGAGAAACUCUCUGUAGAUGAACAUUGGCCUGCACUGAUCCAGAAGGUGGAAACGAUGAUGUCUGUUAUAGAGCUGCUUUUAGAAACACUGAAAGAGUUGAGAGAUGGAGAGCUCCAGACGUUCAAGAAGGCCAUUGUGAGUCAAACUGACUUCUACAGAAAUUUCUCAGACAACCCAUCGAUGCAACAGGGGUCAACAGACAGACAGGACAUAGUGUUUUCAGUGGUGGAGAUCUACGGCCAACAGUCUGUGGAGAAGACCAAGGAGGUUUUAAAGAAUAUGAAGAGGACUGAUCUGGUUCAGAAGUUGUCAGACAGCAGCUCAGCACCCAAAAAAAAACACUCUGUGGAUGAACACCUGUCUGCACUGAUCCACAAAGUGGCAACAGUGAGUGCUGUUAAAGAGCUGCUUUUGGAAACACUCAGAGGUUUGAGUUCCGAGGAGAUAGAGAAAUUCAAGUGGUUGCUGCACUUCACGAUCUUCCAGAGGAGCGUUCCAAACACCUCAUGGAGAGGACUGCAGCAUAGUGUUGGGGCAGAUGAACUGGUGGAUGGGAUGCUGGAGAUCUACGGUCAACAGUCUGUGGAGAUGACCAGGGAGGUUUUAAUGGAGAUGAAGAGGACUGAUCUGGUGCAGAAGUUGUCAGAGACCAGCUCAGGAACCAAAGCUGCAGGAUCAUCAGCUGAGGCAUCGGGUGUGAGUAUCACAGAGAAAGAGAAACUCUCUGUAGAUGAACAUUGUCCUGCACUGAUCCAGAAGGUUGAAACGAUGGCGUCUGUUAUAGACCUGCUUUUGGAAACACUGAAAAAGUUGAGAGACAGAGAGCUCCAGAAGUUCAAGAAGGUCAUUGUGAGUCAAACUGACUUCCACAGACUUUUCUCAGACGACCCAUGGAUGCAACGGGGGUCAACAGACAGACAGGACAUAGUGUUUUCAGUGGUGCUGACCUACGGCCAACAGUCUGUAGAGAAGACCAAGGAGGUUUUAAAGAAUAUGAAGAGGACUGAUCUGGUGCAGAAGUUGUCAGACAGCAGCUCAGCACCCAAAAAAAAACACUCAGAUGCACUGAUCCAGAAAGUAGCAACAAUAGCAGCUAUUAAACAGCUGCUUAUGGAAACUCUGAAUGAUUUGAAUAAUGAGGAGCUCUGGGAAUUCAAGCGGUCCCUGAAGUGGUUUUUCUCCCAGAAGAACCUCCCAGACAGCUCAUGGAUGUUGAUUGACCCAGAAUACAGAGCACAAAUAGUGGAUCUGAUGUUGGAGAUUUACGGCCAGCAGUCUGUAGAGGUGACCAGGGAUGUGUUCAUGGUAAUGAACCGGACUGAUCUGGUGCAGAGGCUGUCAAAGCCCAGCUCAGGACUCAAAGAGAAACACUCUGUGGAUGAACAUGGACCUGCACUGUCAGAGAGAGAAGUAACUAUGACAUCACUAAUGGAGAAGCUUUUGGAAACGCUAAAAGAUUUAAGUUACGGGGAGCUCGAGCAAUUCAAGCAUGUCCUGCAGUACAUUAACAUGAAGAAAAGUUUCCCAAGAAUCUCAGGACAGAGAAUGGAGACGGCAGACAGAGAUGAAAUGGUGGAGCUGAUGGUGGAGAUCUACGGUCAUCAGUCUGUGGAGGUGACCAGGGAGGUUUUAAUGAAGAUGAACAGGAGAGAUCUGGUGCAGAGGUUGUCAGACAUCAGCUCAGGAUCUAAAGGGCCUUCAACAAGCUUGGAGCUUGAGGGAUGUGGAAGCACUAUGCAGUUCUCCAGCGACUGGACUAAACUUCAACCGGAAGUUACCCUUACAGAUGCAGAUGAAGCUCCAACUUACAGCCUUCAGUCUGAAGCAGGAAUCUUUGAAUGCAGUGUCUCUGGCUUGCGCUGGGUCUGUAAGGAGAAGGUCAGCUUUAAGUACCAGUUUUGCUCUUGGGAGGGAAUUAUGGAGAGGAUGGAAAGCCUACAAUACAUGCCUGCAGGUCCCCUUAUGGACAUCACAGUCAUUGCUGGGAAGUUAGAUGAAGUGUACCUGACGCACUGGAUCUGCAUAGAUGGCAACCCUGAAAUAUUAGACAAGUUUGCAGUCCUGCACAUAGAUGACUGUGGAGAUUCUGUGGAAAAAGUGUCUGAGGUCACAUCGUCCCAUGUCAAGCUGUCUGAACCCGUUUUCUCUCCAAGAGCGGUUCUGAUAAAAAUGGGCUUGCCUGUGAAAAUAGGCUGUCAAGUGUUAAUAUACUACAUACCCAACACAUCAUUCCUCAGACUGCAUGUUUACCUGAUCCCACAUGAUCAUGGCCUACAACAGACAGUGGACAAAAAGAAGGAGAAAAAAGGAUACAAAAGAAUCGAAAAGCCACGCCCAGACAAGUACCUGAAAAUGCAGCAGGGUUUCAAACUCGCAGCAGACAUACCCAUGGCAAAAAUUCUCCCAGAGAAAAUAACCCUCAGAUACGAUAGCCAAGAUCCAAAUUUCUAUGAGGUGUUCAUUGAGAAUCCAGACACAAACUUCCACCUUACACUCUCACCCCUUAACAAAAAGAAGAAGGGUAAACCACAGUGUGAACCCGUAUGGAUCUGUGAAAUUCAAAAAGUUGACUAUCAAAACUCUGCCGAUUCAGAAGAGACAUGUGGGCAGUCCCCCAUACAGGGUCUAAGUGACAAGAAACCCUCUCUGGAUGCCCGCCUAUCUGCACUGAUGAAGAAGGCAGCAACAGUCACAACGGAUAAAGAGAGGAUUUUGAUUAUGCUGCAAGAUUUGAAUAAGCAAGAGUUCGAACAAUUCAUAUGGCAACUGGAGAACAGUGACAUCGGGGCGGGCCGUGAACGCAUCCCAAGGAGCAAACUGGAGAACAGUAACAUGUUUGACCUGGUGAAUCAGAUGUGGAAGACCUACAUCCAGCAGUCUGUGGAGGUGACCAUGAAGGUUUUAAAGCAAAUAGACAGGAAUGAUCUGGUGCAAAUAUUGUCAGACACCAGCUCAGGAUCCAAAGAGAAACUCUGUGGAUGAACACCUGUCUGCACGGAUCCAGAGAGUGAGCAGAGGCACAUCUGUGUCUGACUCUACACACAGCUUUCAUUCAAUGCAUGCCCAGUUGAAAAUCAUUCCCGCAACUUGAGCUGAUAAAUUAUGAUAAAAAAAAAAAAAAAAUGAUAAUUUUUUAUCAUGACAAACCAGUCACAGAACUGAGGCUGCAUUCAGGUUUAUCUCUUCAGCAACUACACUUAAAUACCUAAUACAAUACUUGAUGAUAUUGAUACUCAAUAAUGUAACAGUAUUGCGAUCUCUAGCACAGAGGAACACAAGAGGAAAUGUAAGUUGUUUUUUUUAUUCAUGUCAGUCAAACUGAAUAUUGCAAGUUUUUAAAACAACUUUUAAAAUGAUUGUAACUAUUUUAAAGCAUGAAAACAGAUCAUGAGUUCCUUUAGCUUCCGUUAUAGCAACAGAUCAGGUGCUCAUUCCAGUUUUUUUUAGCAGCACAGUGUUUACAGUUUACAGAAUGUAAAGGGGUACAGGGAUAAAGGGAAUCAUCUUAAGCUCUGACAAUGUUUAAAUGUAAGCACAUAUCAGUAUUUCAGUUACAGAAAUGGAACAAAAGAAAUCUACCACAAUGGUUCUCAAAACAUCUGAUGUGGUGUACACAUUAACACUGAGGUUAUUGGGGUAAAAAAAAAUUGUUUUGUUUUUUGUUGAGGAUAAAUUACAUAGUAUAUGCCUUUGAUAUAUAUUUUUAUUUUCAAUUUAAAAUCAUUGUUAUUAUACUUUUUUUUUUACUGUAUAUUUUUCUUAAAACCUUUUUAUAUCGUACAUAAAGCACUUUGAAUUACCUUGUUGUUGAAAGGUGCUAUACAAAUAAAUGUUUUCCAUUUAUAAAAGUUG